CAACCGUUGAGUUGUCUGAACGCACCCAUUGCAGUUGAAAAACAUCGAUACGAUAAUCGAUAAAUUUUAAUUAAAAAAAAAAAACAAAAACAAUAAUCAAUGCAACAUCGCUUAUUUCUACGGAGUGUUCAUACAUACAUACAGACCGACACAAUAGAAUAAUUAUGACACUUGCAUUUUUUUCUAUUGUUUCAAAUAAAAUCAAGCAGAUAUGAAUGCUGUUAACAUGAAUUGGCUGGGUUCGGCAGAGGGAGAGUCUCUGGUUCAUCACUUUUAUGUGAAUUCUAAAAAGAGAAGAUUCUAUGGCGUCUUGGAAAGACCGUCGUUGCCUCUCUCUAUGGAAGAAGUCACUUAUAAAAUCUUCAUGAUAGGUAGAGCUGGCGUGGGCAAAACUUCGGUUGUUGCGAGACUCGCAGGCACACUUGAGUCUAACAAUUAUACAGAAACCAACGGUAUAAGAAAAACAAAUGUAUUCUGGCCUGUGAAGAUCUGGGACAAAGUUGUUCUGUUUAAGCUACAAUUUUGGGAUACAUCGGAGAGCAGUAUAAAGAAAUACAAUCACAUUCUGCCAGCGUGUAAGGAUAAAGUUGAUGGAAUAUGUUCUGUAUUUUCUUUCGACGACACAUUAAGCUUUGGCGAUAUCCCAUAUUUGAUGAAUACAAUGAAUACUAUAAAAGAAAAUCCGGCAAAUAUAGUGAUUGGCACGAAGUUUAAAUCUUGGUCAAGUUGCGCGAUAGAUGAAGUACAAAUCAAGGAAUUUGAAGAUAAAUGGCAAGUCAAAGUGAUCAAGAUCGACUCCAGUAAAUCAUCUGUAAAAUCUGAGCCGUUUGAUUGCUCCUAUCAGUUGAAUGCUAUUUGCAACAUCUUGUGGAACAGAGAUAAAGAGUUUAUUUCUAAUCUAAUGAAACAAGCUCAAUAAUUACAAAGUACAAAGAGAUUUUUACACGAUAUAAAAAUACAAAAGACAGUAAAAAAAUUUGCAUAAAUUAUUAUUUCUACGUCUUG